AUGUCCACCAGCUCCGGGGACACUGGACGAGGCUCGCAAGUAUACACGCAGCCGCAGCCGCAGCCACAGCCAUAUGCCCAGCCACAGCCGUCUUCGCGCCACGCAGAGCCCCCAUCGUCUUCUUCUACUCGCGAGCCGCAGCAGAAGCAGAAGCAACAGCAGCAACAACAACAGCAGCAGCAGCAACGGCCGGCCAAACGUCGUCGUAUUGGCUAUGCCUGCAAUCUCUGCCGGACGAAGAAGAACCGGUGCGAUGGAGAGAGACCGUCCUGCGGGCCGUGUAAGGAGCGGCGUCAGGAGUGCGUCUAUAGUCCCCAACGCACAAAGAUUUCUGUGACACAAGAAUAUAUUGAGAAUCUGAGAGCACGGAAUCGUCUGCUGGAAGAUCACAUAGCUGCUCGUCAACACGGCCAAAUUCCUCAGUCACCCCAUGAAAGCACAUACUCGAAGGAAUCACCUCCUGGGAUACCUAGAGCGGCUCCAUACCAAGCUUCUGGAGAUGGUUUACGAUCGCAGCAACACGAUAAUCCCCCUUCACCUACAUCAACUGCGGAAGAACAACCAGAACGACAACGUCAGUACCACCAAAGCGGCAGCGAACAUCGUUCUGACCGGCCAAAGAGUAGCCACUCUGCUUUGCCGGGAGAGUACUUUGGAGAAUCCUCAGCUUUUGACUUUAUCACAAAGGUGACCUCACCAAAUACCACUGACCAUACGGGUGGCAAUGCCAUAGCGGCUGCUACAACUCCUACAGCAGGCGUAGGCGGUGGCCCUACAGCCGGAAAAGCUUCAGCAUCGACAGGAAGAAUCCCAAAAGCUCUGGCUGCGAGAAGAAGCAUCGCAGAGGCAUCCGGAGUUGGUAGCGAGUCACUAGCAGAGUCGUCGCCUUCAACAGUCGUAUUUGAGGAGCUCCUUGGUAUUGGAGCGGGAAUAGGGGACGGCAGCGGAAGCAGUGAUUUGUUCGAAUUGCCCCAGCGUUCACUAGCCGACCGCUUGGUAGCUUCGUACUUCAAACACCGACAUCCACUGAACCCAUAUCUACACGAAGGCACAUUUCGCCAACGGUAUGCACGGCUAUGGCUUAGCAAGGACGUCGGUGGUGAGGAGGCAGCACCUAACAAUUUAGCUUGGCUAGGGCUGGUGAAUAUGGUGUUUGCAUUUGGAAGUGAGCAUGCCCAAACUCGUCAUCCUUAUCACGGAAGUCCAGGCAGUUCAGCAUCAGCGAAACCAGACCGCGCCCGCUUCUUCAAACGGGCAAAGAUGUUGGCAUUCUCAAGCAUCUUGCAAGCCAAGAUUGAGCUCGUUCAAGCGUUAUUGCUAAUGAGCCAUUACUUGCAUGGCUCCUUGGAGCUCAACCACUGCUGGACGGUCAUCGGGCUAGCUAUUCGCACAGCACAGGAGCUGGGCCUUUAUCUCGAUUCAACUGAUUUCACAAACGACAUUGUCGAGCAGGAGAUCCGUAAGCGUGUAUGGUGGGGUUGCUUCGUCAUUGACCGUCUCGUCAGCAUCAAAGUUGGCCGUCCACCUACUAUCCAUGACAUACCUGCCAUCCGAGUCGGCCUUCCGCUUGCAGUAGACGACGAAUUUCUCAAUGAGGCGUCCAAUUACACCCAGCCCAGCAAUAUCCCAUCCAAGAUUGAGUUCUUCAAUCAUAUUGUGACUCAAUGCCGCCUAUUGGCCAAGGUACUUGAUACUCUAUACGACAACACGCCAAGUAGCAGCGGCAGUGGUGGUGGCAGCAGUAGCUCGUCGUCAGCAGGCCGUGAGACGAGAGUUCGCAUCAAGGUUGACUUGCCAGACCUUUUGGCCAUGUCGAUCCAGCUAGAUGGUGAGCUGGUCGUAUGGCAGAAUUUGCUGCCUCCGCACCUUCGCACCGAUUCGGACGUGCCGGGCUGGCACUUUGAGCGGCAGCGAAGCGUCUUGCUUAUGCGCUUUCUGCACAUCCGACUCCUUAUACACCGACAAACGCUGCUCUACUAUAUUUUACGCCGAAUUCCCGACCCCUUCCAGGCUGAUCUGGCACAUUUGUGCAUUAGGCGAUGUGUCAUGGCAGCAUACGAUGCUAUUUUUCAAGUCCAUCUCCUGACCCAAAAAAAUUUACUCUCUUCUUCAUGGCAUAACUCACACUAUGUGUUCACUGCUUUGAGCGUUUUGCUAGUUUAUCAACACCUCGACCCUCACUCUCGCUCCAAAGUAGACAUACCACAAUCGUCGGAUAUCGACGACGUCAUAGGCCACGGCCUGGAACACCUACAGCGAGUUGGUGGCGAUAUCCAUCCUCUGGCCUCGCGCUAUGUCCGCUCAUUCCAGCAGCUGCAGACGCGGCUACAAGCGAUUGGCACACUAUCUGCUAAUGCGCCGCUCUUGGCAGUGCGCGGUAAACAGCAGCUGUCGAUGAGGGAGGAUGGCGGAUCCAAUUUCCGCCAAGCUCAUACAGCAAGCUCUGCUACUGAUUCCGACCAGAGUAGCAGCGUAGGACAUCCGGCCGGCUCAGCAACUGGCGGAAGUUCGAGCAAAGGGCCGGUAAGUAUGCCUGAUCAGAACCAGGAUAACAAUGAAGUAAGCUACUACGGAGAUGCAUAUCAGGAACAAUACAAUGAUCGCAAUGUUGAAUAUGGAGAUGAUGGUUUUAUGUGGGCCGGAUUUGACGAUGAAUUUGCGGUCAUACAAAGCGCUUUGUUAGAUAGCAGCGGGUGGGGGUCUGGGUUUUUGGAUCCUUGGGCGCAGUGA